AUGCAUCGACUACCACCACCGCUUCCUGUUCCCGUCAGGGAUCCCCGUGGCCUCGACCAUGCCGAGCAGGCGGCGUCGAGCAUCACCACACAUCACCACCACCACAACUUCACCCCCAUGGCAUUUGAAUCCUCAGAUCCCGAGGCCACCUCUCUCACCUCCCUCUCAGACAUCCUCGACAACCUGCCCACGGCCGUCAAGAGCAGCCUCGGGCCCCUGAACACGAUCCGGCGCUCCGUGAGCAUCCGCGGCUGGGCCUCGUAUUUUUAUGAGAUCUCAUCAAACUCCAUGGGCGCCGCCGCGUCCCACCACGAGGGGCCAGCCGCCGCGGCGCACCACACCACCGUCGUGUCCAGGACCACGAGUACCACCGCAGUCGAGAUGCAGCACAGCAACCGCGGCGAGAAGCGGGCAGCUGCGCCGGCGCAGGCGCAGAGGCGGAUGCCGGAACCGCCGCUCUAUGAGGUGCCAGACCAGAACUUUGGCAUAAAUAGGUUCUGUGGUCUACAGGGUCAGCUCCUGGUCAACAAUGCCCUGUCGGAGGGCCGGCCGCCGUCAGUGCAGGGCCAGCCGGGCGCCAACAGGAUCGAUCGCAAAGCAUAUGUCCAGGGAGUCGCCUGGCUCGUCCACGGACUCCCGGAGGACCUAGACAAGCACGAGAGGACGGAGCUCAUACGGGCCAUGCCGCCGGCCCUGCUGGAGGAGGCCCACAGGACGCCGCCGUCGUCCCAGCCGGCAGCACGGCCGUCCUACCCCUCGUCCUCCUCCACCUCACCCUCGUCAAACUACGCGUACCUCAUGGGCGGCGGCGUGGGCGACGCAGGGAGGACGCUCGUGCAGAGGGCGGCGCGCGCGCUGGUCCUGCAGCUGCUGGUGCCGCUGCACCUGCUGUGGGCGUACGUGGUGGUGCUGCUGGGGCGCGCCGUGCAGCUGGAGCGCAAGUACAAGGUCACGGAGCAGGUGGUGCGGCACUCGGGCGAGCUGGGGUACGAGGUGGGCCGCGGCGGCGUCAAGCUGUCGGGCGUGAUAUACAACCACGGCGGCGCGCGGGUCGGCCACCUCGUCACCAACAUGGUCGCCUACACGGCCGACGGGCUCGUCAAGGGCAUCAGCGAUGGCAUACGCGAGGCGCGGACGGAGAGGCGGCAGAUAGCUGAAGACUGA